CGAUUGCGGGCUGCUGGAAAUCCCUCGGCCGUCCCGGCCGGGCCAGCUGCCACCUCUCACCUCUCUCGCCCCCCGGCCCGGGCACAGCGUGUUGGUUUAGCGCUCGCCGGAGGCCCCGGGAACGUGCUGGACGCCGGUGUCGGAUCGCAGUGGGGCUGACUAAACCUCCGCCAUGUCUGUCGCACUAACCGCGGUGAAGAGAGUGCAGAGUUCUCCAAACCUAUUGGCCACAGGACGAGACUCUCAAUCUCCAGAUUCAGAAGCUUGGAGAGCUUACAAUGAGCGAGCCCAAGAGCCGCUGAGCGGAGAUGCGAUUUAUUCAUCACUUGCAGCAAAAGGAUUCAGAAGCGUCCGGCCCAACUUGCAAGACAAAAAACCUUCUUCCCAGGCCCCAGUAGCCGUGAACGGAAACUCCAGCGGGACUGUCGACCUGAUGAGCCGCUGGCAAAGACCCUUUUCCCCAUCUUCGUCCUACUCACUGCCGACGUCCCUCCGCUCCAGCCUCAUCAUGCAGCAUGGCAGGGCCGGGGAGCCCGGCGAGACAUGCUUCCAGCCUGCCCGAGGUCCCGACAGCCACAGCCCCACCAGCAUAAUCCCGAUCUGCCGAUCCUCUGAGGAGGAGAAGAAGGUCACGGUCAUCAAGGCGCCGCACUACCCGGGCAUCGGGCCCGUGGACGAGUCGGGCAUCCCCACUGCCAUCAGAACGACGGUGGACAGGCCAAAGGAUUGGUACAAGACCAUGUUCAAGCAGAUCCAUACAGUGCACAAGCCAGAUGAUGACACCGACAUGUACCACACUCCGUACACCUACAAUGCCGGUUUAUACCACCCCACGACCACCAAUCAGCCUCAUCCCGCAGCAAAGACCCAGACCUACCGGCCCCUGUCCAAGAGUCUCUCAGACAAUGGGCCUGAGGUCUUCAAGGAAACGCCGUCCCUGCCGCCACCCCCCCACAUCCCACCGCCCAUCCCACCUCUGCGGCCCCGGGACCGGGAAAAGCAUGACUGGGACCCCCCGGACAGGAAGGUGGACACCCGGAAGUUCCGUUCUGAGCCCAGGAGCAUCUUUGAGUACGAGCCGGGGAAAUCGUCCAUCCUCCAGCACGAAAGGCCGACUGGCCGCAUAGCCCCUGGUGACCUAGAUUUAGACCACGAGCCCUGGUAUCAGUUCUUUUCCCAGCUGGAGUUCGGGCGGCCGCCUCCUAAAAAGCCUCUGGAGUAUGAGCAACACCGAUGUCCAGGGGGCACCACUGAGGCCUCAUUAUACCAAACUUCUAUAGAGAGAGAGAGAGGCCCAGACAGACCAUCUAGCUCGGCGAGCACCGCCAGCGACUACCGGAAGAGGCGGAAGAGUGAGCCGGCCGUGGGCCACCAGAACGCCAACAGGAUCAGCCCCUGCCGGGCCGACCUCCCAAGCCCCAACCCAGCGCUCGUCAAGUCUUUCACAACCUCUUCCCCUUCUUCCCCAUCCAGAGCUCAAGGCGAAGGCGGGGCCUCAAGCCCCCCGCGCCCCCCGCGCCCACCAAGCCCGCCGCCUCCCCGGCACCAGCCGCCCCUCAGCUCCCUGGAGCCUGGCGGCCCAUGCCCGCAGCACCUAGCUGUGCCCGCGGAUGCCCGGAGGGCCCUCGGCAUGAAGAACGGGUGGCAGAGGAGCCGGCAGGAUGCCGCCGAUGUCUGGAGCAGCAGUGAGGAGGCCACGGCCCCCGCGUCCACCCCCAAACUCAAGUCCCGCAGCUGCGACGACCUCCUGGCCGAUGAUCGUGACCCCCAGGCCUCCUCGCCCCCGCCACCCCCGCAGCUGCAGCUCCGGUCCGAGAGCCUGGGCAACCUGCCGGGCGCUCCCGAGCUGGAGGUCGGGGCAGGGGCCGGGGCCGAAGCCUUCAGGGCCGGGUCCGAGGCCCUUAGAGGAGGGCCUCUCCGGCCGCGCCCGGCCCAUGGCACCCCAGGGUUCCUGCGGAUGUACCGAAAGAUGCACCGCAUCGACCGUGAGGGGCUGAUGAGCUCGGAGGCGCUGUGCUCCGUCCGGGCCCGCAUACUGCAGUACGAGCGGGAGCGGCGCGGGGGAGCCCUGCGUGGCUGGGGCCCGGCGGAGGCCGAGGGCGUCCCGCGCCACGUGGUGCCUACCCGAGUCUCGGAGUUCGAGAAGCUGAUCCAGAAGUCCAAGUCCAUGCCGGACCUGGGGGCCGGGACCCUGGAGGCCGAGGUGGCUCUGGAGGCCGAGACUCUGGGUGCCGAGGCCUUGUCCACCGGGGCGGCAGAGGGGCUGGAUGUGGCUCGGCCCGCCCCGGGCCCACCGCGGCGCUUCUCCAUCGAGUCCCUGCUGGAGGAGGAGCCCCCGGCCCCGCUCGGCCCUCGCCCCCGUACGCUGGUGCCCGUCCACAUCGAGGUGAGCGGCGGGGGCGAGCCGCCGCACCGGGCCCCGGCCGAGUCCUCGGACAGUGACCAGGACGGCGCCGUCUCUGACCCGAGCGACUGCGCCCACGUGGAUGGCUCCUCCUUCUGCAGCGAGAGCGACCUGGACCGCUUCUCCUCCUUCACGUCCUCAGAGAGCUUCCACGGCUCCGGCCACGGCCACGCCGGCAGCUUGGGGCAUGACGUCGGCCUCGGGCACUAUCACCACCACCACCACCAGCAGCCGCAGCACCACCACCACCACCAUCACCAGCACCACCACCAUCACCACCCGCGGCAGCCCAUCGGCUCCUGCAAGGGCCGCUGCCCCGCCGCCCACACGCGCUUCACCGCCAUGCAGAAACACGAGAGGGCCAGGCAGGAGCACCCGGAGGACCGGCGGAGGCCCAGGGCCGACCCCGGCCUGUCCAAGAUCGCCUUCCUGGUCAGCCCGGUGCCCUUCCGCCGGAAGAAGAGCGCCACCCCCAAGCGGAGGAGCGAGCAGGCCAAGCGCAAGGGCUCGGUGCUGGAUGCGCUGGACUCGGCCCUCAAGGACAUCUGCGAUCAGAUCAAGGCCGAGGGGCGGCGGGGCAGCCUGCCCGACAGUAGCAUCCUGCACAGGCUCUUGGCCGAGCUGCUGCCGCACGUCCCCGAGAGGACCUCCUCCCUCCGGGCCCUGAGAGAGGGCCCCCGUUGCCCGCUGCACGCGCCCGCCUGGGGACGGAUGCCCCGCAGCGCUUCCUGCCAUGAUGUGGACACCGCCCACCUCCGACCCCCACACCACCUGCACCACCCCCACCACCCCCACCGCCAGGACAGCGCCGGCUCCCUGUGCUUCCCAGAGCAAGAGUGUCCGAGGAGCUCCGGAUCUUUGGCCACGGACGGGUUCCGCGGCAGCCCCUGGGAGCGGAGAGCCACGCCGGAGAGAGAGAGGCUGCCGGCCCGGGCGGUGUAUGAUUUCAAGGCUCAGACCUCAAAGGAGCUGUCGUUCUGGAAGGGCGACACGAUCUACAUCCUCCGGAAGAUCGACCAGAAUUGGUACGAGGGCGAGCGCCUCGGGAAGGUCGGGAUCUUCCCCGUCUCCUACGUGGAGAAGCUCUCUCCGCCGGAAAGGGCACAGCCCGCGAGACCCCCGCCCCCGUCCCCACUGGGAGAGAUCGGACAAGCCGUGGCCAAGUACAAUUUUAACGCGGACACCAAUGUGGAACUGUCCCUGAGAAAGGGAGACCGAGUCGUGCUGGUGAAGCGUGUGGACCAGAACUGGUAUGAAGGGAAGGUGCCUGGCACCAACCGGCAGGGCAUCUUCCCAGUGUCCUACGUGGAAGUGGUGAAGGGGAGCGGCCCCACGGGCGGUGACGAUGACGCCGACCCACCGCCACCACCGCCGCCGCACGGCUAUGGCCACUCCACGGGCAAGAAGUCAUCGUCGUCCCCAGAGAAGGCUGAGGGGACCCUCGGAGAGGUCACCAGUGAGUGGUUGGCGCUGACUCUGGGGGCUCCACCGGUGGGCCCCACGGCCCCAACUGCACCCCUUUUCCCCGACAGCCUCUUCGAUGAAUUAGAGAAAGAGUUGGCCUCCUUAGAGUGGCUGGCCACCCCUGCCGCCCCGGGAACCGUCCACCCUCGCGUGAAGGAGGCACCUUUUGCUCCCGUCCCACCGCCAAGAGUCCCUUCCUGCCCUCCGAAAUGCCUUUCACCCCCGCCCCCAACUCCUGGCUCCCCUCCACUACCAGCGGCCUGGUCCUGGAGCGGUGUAACCGUGCAAGGCGAAAAGAUGCCCCUGGGCUGGAAGGAAGCAAGAGGUCGUCCCUCUGGCAGAGGGACAGUGAGCCUCUACCACGCCAGGGAAGCCUCUGAGGACCUCGAGGAUUCAAACACGGGGCCCUCGCCCAGAACGCUCCCGGCCAUCGAGGAGCGGGAGGAGGAGUUCCGGGAGGAACUGAUGUCAGGACUCGAAGCGGGGAUGCCAAACUGUGAAGGCCUGGGUUUCUACCAGGAGCCAGCCGAGACGUCAGAAUCCCCCAUCAGACUGUUCAUAGAGGAGGCAGAGGAGGAAGAGAAAGAUAAGGAGAAGGAGGAGGAGGAAGCAGAGGGGGAGGCAAACCAUGAUGGCCCCAAAAGCCCAGGAACAGUUGGAAGUGAUCCCGGUCUCUUUAAGCAAGAAUGCCAUGCCCCAAGUCCAGAGCUGGCCUCCGUUUCUCCUGGGAAUCGAGAGAGCCCCACCGCCUCUCUGGACCUGCUGCCCUCUAUCCCCCUGCCCCCCUGCCCCUGGGCACCGCCCUCUGAGCACCCCUCCUCCGGGCCGCAGCCUACCCAGUGCCACUCUCCUCCUCUCCUUCCUAAAUGUCCCUCCAGAUCAACCCUCGGUUCCGCCCAGCGAAAGGCCGGGCUAAACGGCGAACUCUGCGUCACGAGUAAGCCGCCUCGGAGCCCGGGGGCGGCCAGGAGAUCCGGCAGCCCGCCAGCCCGAAGCCACGAUGGCUCACCCAGGCCUCAGCGGCCUGCGUUCACCCAGGAAGGCACCCGCGGUGGAGGGGAACCGUUCCAAGCCCUGUAUCACUACAUGCCCCGCAACAAGGACGAGCUGGAGCUGUGGGAGAACGACAUCGUGGAUGUCCUGGAGAAGUGUGAUGAUGGCUGGUUUGUGGGGACCUCGAGGAGAACCAAGUUUUUUGGGACUUUCCCCGGGAACUACGUCAGGAGGCUGUAACUUCCUGUGUCAUCGCCACCUCCAGCUGGCCCGAAACCACGCUCCCCAGCUCUCGCGUCUCCCCGCUAGUGCUUCAGCCCGGCCUCACCUUCCCCACCACCCGCCAGGCUCCCCACCACCACCAAUCCCACGCCACGCAGGGCCCAGAAGCGAUUCCCGCCGAGUCCGACUUCCUCCUUUCAUCCUCCGUUUUUCAACAUUGAAGCGUGAGGCCCGAGCGGGCCCCGGAGGAUCCCGGAGAUGAAUGGAGCAUCCCGCCAGGGCCCCGUCCCUGCGCCUUACCCACGUGGCCGCGGGCGACCGGGGAUGCCAGCGAGAGGUUGCCGGUGACAGGUUCCAGCCGACAGCGUGUUUCGCCACCCUCGGCUUGACCACCCGAGCUGCCGUCUCGCUACCGAGUCACCUGUCUUCCGGCCGUGAGGAUUGCAGAUCUCGGGCCGCGGUCCGGCCCCCGGGGUGUUCGAACCCGAGGGACGGCGACCUGACGUCCCAGCCGGGCUCGGAGCCGGAGCGUGGGCCGGCCUGGGCCGGCGUCGAUCUGCACGGGCCGGUGUGGACCUGUGUAGACCACCGGUGAUCAGCAUGGUCUUCCUUGAGCAAACCCAAAUCUUUCAGCCUGGGCUUUUCCUGCGUUUGGGCAAACCCUUGAAAAUCUGGAGCGAACAAGGGAAGAUGGACAGUAAAAAGCUAUCGUCUUCUCAAGUCGCGUUGCUCUUUUAUAUAAAAGAUAUAAUCGUCGGCAACAUGAACUAUGAGAUGUUAGUGUUACUAGUAUUUAUCAGAAAAGAUUUCAAUGAAAGCAGUGUUAGUUUGAGGUGUGAAGGCUUCCUCUAACCCGGGCACUUGAAAAGAUAUUCACGGAACCUAUCGUCAGUCGUUGAUUUUUCUUUCACCACAUAUUAGUGUGUGCAUAUAUACAUAUAUGCUGUAUGUAACAUUCAUGUGCAUUUGGAUGCGUAGUUGACAGCCGUGUUCAAGCAGUCCGAGCUCCACGUUAUUUUAUAGGAAUAGAGCACUUCGAAAUGAACGUCA